UCUCCCCUCCCCGACCUGCUCGGCGCCGCCUCCCCUCUCCCGCCGCUCAGGGUUUUAGGGUUUAGCAGCGGCGGAGACACCACCACCCACCACCUCUCCACGCCAUGGCGUCCAUCGCCUCGCAGCUGCAGGCCAUCAAGUCGGCCCUCGGCUCCGCGCCGGAGGCGCCUCGCGGGCCCAUCACGCGGCCGUCCGUGCUCUUCGACGCCAAGGAGGCCGCCGACAUCGACCUCCGCGCCAUCCUCCCCAUCGCCCUCUCCGGGUUGGAGCAUCUUACUGGCGUGGACGAGAGAUUUGCCAAGUACCGCAAGACGCUCUUCAGCGAGACCAGCCUCGAGCUCAACCGCGAGCAGCAAACCACCAAGGAAAACGACAAGCUAAACAAGUCCAUCUCCUCCUACCUCCGCCUCCUAGCUGGCUACCUGCAGCUCCCAGCGGCCCUCAAGACGCUCGAAUACCUUAUCCGCAGAUACCUGGUGCAUGUUUACAACCUGGAUGAGUUGCUGCUCUGCGCGUUGCCGUACCAUGAUACGCACGCGUUUGUUCGGAUUGUGCAGUUGGUCAACUUAGGGAAUAGCAAGUGGGGAUUUCUUAAUGGCGUGAAAUCCUCGGGUGCGCCCCCGCCCAGGAGUGUCAUAGUACAGCAGUGUAUCCGUGACAAUUCUUUGCUGGAGACCCUUUCCAACUACGCUACACCGACAAAGGAUUUCCUUCACUCGAGGACAGUCGUCUGCUUUUGCACUGCAGUCAUUGUGGAAUGCUUAGGAGCUAUCCCCAGGGUUGAUACGGAUAUAGUGCAGAAGGUGUUGGGAUAUGUGUUUGACUCACUUAAUCCUCAAAUUAGGGCAGACCAAGAUUACAAGGCUGGAGCGCUAAUGAUUGUUGGAGUACUGGCAACACGAGCAACUCUGGCGCCAAAACUUGUUCAAGACUUGAUCCUCUUUGUUGCAAGGUCUGCGCAGCACGAUGCAUUGGAGUCGAUCGAUUUACCGUGGCUUCGUGUUACAGUGAUGGCUAUUAUAAGUCUAGUUCAGUCACAGUCUGUCCAUGACUUCCGUAAGAAGCCAUUGAUGAUUCUAAAAGACAUCAGGGAUUUUUCUGGUGUACUUUCUGUAUUAUCCAGUGAGUUCAACAUUGAGAAUUUUAUUAGGCUUUAUGUUGAGUCAUUGGUUGAUUACAGUGCUUCUGAUGAUUCCUGCCACGCGCACCUUAUUGAAACCAUGGAGACUCUACCUAUUAAGAAGUUUGUUGAAAGGAUCGUGUGCAAGGUUCUUGGCAACUGUAUCAAGGCAUCACAGGCUGCACAAAAUCCAGAUAUAAACCGCACAGGCACAUGGGCAAAGAAGAGCUUGGUUGCAAUUGAAAAAAAAUAUCCACUUGAGCUACGGGAUGCUAUCCGGAAAUUUCUUGAGGACUCUGAAGUUAACUCCAGUGGAAGGGAUUCUACUUCCAAGUUGCUCAGCUUAGUGUUUGAUGAAAGCGAGAGUGCGCCGGCUGAAAUAUCUGAUUCUAACAUUUGGUUCAGUCUGGAUCAUCCUAAGGCUGUGGUCCGUCAAUCUGCUCUCUCAAAAAUUGCCACAUCUGGCAUUUUGAAGAAAGAUACUGUAAAUCCACAGAAAUUUAUCAAUAUGCAAGAUGCAAUAAUACGCAAUCUGUAUGAUGACGAUCUAAGUGUUGUUCAAGCUGCCUUAUCCAUAGAAGGGCUAGCUGCUGUUGCCAGUCCUGUUGGCCUUCUAAAAGCGUAUGAUCAUGUACUUGCCAAAUGCAUCGACAUCAUUCGCAAAGGUGGUUCAAAAGCAUCAAAAGCUUGUGAUGUUGCUGUUUCUUGUCUGGAAAAGAUGGUUAUGGAAUAUCAGUUGCAUCAUGUGGAACAUACCAAGGACAUAGCUACAGUAGUAUUCAGUCUCCUUAUUAUUCACCCAAAGACCUUCAGGGUAAACUUGAAGGCCUUGGAGCUAGCUAAGAAAAUACAAUGGGAUUUCUACACUAGUAGUUCUCUUGUCUAUGAGCUAACAGCUGAUGAAAUGAAGAACAUGAGUUCCGAGUCCAUAGCCUCCAUUAACAUGAAGAACAUCCAAGCUUUUGCUGAAACUCUUCUAUCAAACCCAAAUAAACAUGUCACAUGGUUGGCUGACUCUGGAAAUGGAAGUAUAUUUUGCAGAACCCCGUUUCUACUCAUAGUAUUGCAAGCUUUGCUUAUUCCUACUGAAGUUUUGGACAAACAGGUGAAUCUGUGCCAAGUUUGUUUGCCAGUUCUGAAGAACGAAUGGUCUCACAUACAGCCAAAAGGUGAUUGUAUUGGCGAUGAGAUCAGCAUUGACAAGCUUGAGAAGUGCAUUAUGGAAUUAGUGAUGCAGAUUUUUAAUAAUGACACGGAAGCAUUGAAUGCUCAAAUUCUUGUCUGUAUAUUCUGGGGUCUGCUUAGGGUGCAGUCUUCCUAUGUUAAGCAGAAUUAUGUGAUUGGUGCAAGUGGACAUAUAAUGGUUGAUGAUUUGUUUUUGUUUUUCCUCACAUCAACUGGCAAAAAUGUCUUCCAGAAGCACCUACAGCAUCUUGUUAUUAACUGCACACGAGGCCCUUUUCAAUUUAUCUCGAAGUACCUUGUGGAUGAAGGUUUGUCUGCUGGAGUUCAAGCAGAGAGUCUUUUUGUGCUUGCAUCUGUUUGUUCUACUAGUGCUUUAUCUGAAAGUAGUAGUUUGGAUGAGAGCUUGUGUGUGGAGCUUCUACUUUUGUUCCCUUCUCUCAUUGUUCCACUUUCGCACGAAAAUAAGGAUGUAAGGUCCUCUGCUAUGAAAUGUGUUGAGGCAUUAUCUUUGGUGUGGCAGCGCUUGAGCACUUCCGUCUCAAGAAAUGGAAACAGUGGCAAAUUGCCUGUAUGCAUGUCAUCUCCAACAUUUGGUGUUUUCCUUGAUUCAUUGGCUAACCAAAAGGCCAUGAUAUCCUCGGAUGCGACAUUUCUACCAGCUUAUAUUUCGUCAAUGCUUAGCCCAAUUCAAGAUCUGAUGGUUCCUGAAAAUCUUCAUGAAAGAUUUGAUCAGCCGACAAAAAAUAGUAUCCUGUAUUUCAUCUUGCGCUCUUCUAUGAAGCUCUCUCCUUAUGGAAAGUUGAUGGUUCUGUCAGCCCUCAAAGGAGUAGGAAGCAUCUUAUUUGAGGCAGAAGUGGUCAAGACUUUGUUCUUGUAUCUUCUGGAGCAUUAUAGUCACCAUCAGAAUGGACAUGAUUCUAAGCAGUUGUUAUCUACCUAUGAAACACAAAUCUUGUGCUUGCUUUUGAAGGUUUUGUUUUCAGUGGCAGAUGAAACAAAUCUUGGUUUUGACAUGUCUGAGGCUCUAUUGAAAGCAUUAAAGGUUGAUGGUUUGUCCCCAAAAGAUCCUGUUGCUGUGAUGCCAUGCCUUACUGCCCUGCAAAGUCUUCAACCAGUAUUCUUUGAAAAUUUGAAGACCGAUACUAAGGAAAAAGUAUUCGGUCUACUUAUUUCUAUGUUUCGAGCUGAGAAUUUCGAAAUUCGAAAUGCCACACGAGAUGCUCUACUGCGAAUUAAUGUUCAUGCAUCCACUGCUGUGAAGUUCAUUGAAUUGAUUUUAGCGCAAGGUGAUAAAAAAGGAAAUCAAAAAAGAAUAAAGAGGGAGGAGAAACCUAAUUGUGAUAGCCAUUUUGAAGAUUAUUUUGGGGAAAAACCUCUGGCUUCUGUUCUUGUUUCACUUCUGGAUAUUCUUUUUCUUAUGAAGGAUGUGAAUCAGAGGCAAUGUUUACUGCAACCACUUUGCCAGAUUCUAUCAAAGCUUCUUUCUGAUCAAUGGAUUUCAGGGGUAGUUUGUCAGUAUACUGAAGGCCUUGAUGCGUCUUCUGAAAUUCAUGAUAUACCCAGUUUUGUAAAGGAAGCACAGCAGUUGGUACUGCUUAUUCUUAAAGAUAUUAUCGAUACACUGCAGUCGGGUCACCAAGAUAAAUUGCUCAACAGUGGAAACGUAAAUCUCUUUAUUAAGUGCAUAAGGUCUUCAGAUGAUGUAGGGACUCGUAACCAUGGAUUUUCAUUGAUUGCAUCUUUAGCCAAGGCUUUCCCGCAACUGGUUACAGAAAGCAUUGUUGAUUUGUUUGUUGCUAUUGGGGAUGCAGUGAAACAGGACGAUAGCCAUUCACAACGUGUUAUGGAGGAUUUAUUAUCUGUACUAGUCCCAUGUUGGUUAUCAAAGACUACAAGUAUAGAAAAGCUUCUUCAGAUAUUCAUUAAAUCUUUGGCUGAUGUUGACGAACAUAGACGCCUGACCCUCAUGAUGUACCUUUUGAAGACCCUAGGAGAAGAGAAUAGUUUGAGUACUGUGGUUAUGUAUUUAUUGUACGCGUUAGUUGAGCGGGGUUCACACUCUCUUUCGAAACUCCAGAAGAGUCAUGGUCUCCCAUCCUUGAGUGCCAUGUCACAAGAGUGGGAAUAUGAUCUGGCAGUCAAUAUUACGGGCCAGUAUUCCUAUAGAUUAUGGUUUCCUUGUCUCUGUAAGCUACUACAAGAAAUCAGGAUGCAUCAGAAACAAUGCUUGCUUCCUAUGCUACAUUUGGCAAUGCAGUUUAUUCUAGUUAAGGUGCAAGAUACAGAGUUGAGGUUUGAGCUUGAAGCUGAGGAAGCUGCUAAUUCCAUCCAGAAUUCUCUUGGAACACUUAUGGAGGAAGUUGUCUUGUGCUCUGUCAAAGAUAAAAAAGGAGACAUUUCUGGUGAUAUUCUAAAGGAAGUCAGAAACUCUGCAAAUAUUAUCCUUAACAUAAUUACGGGAUGGAUGCAUGCUUCAACAUAUUUCAAAGUAAUUACUCGUCUGUUAGAGCAUCCUAAAAGUCUUGUGAAAAGAAAGACACUUGGAAUAUUGUGCGAAACUGCAAGGGCAAAUAGCAUGGUCCAGAACAAGCAAAGAAAAGCAAGAAAACUGAAGCACAGCUCUCUGUCUACUGCCCUCCAAGUUGACAAGAGCUCUUGCCCAUAUUUCAGCGAAUUGUGCUAUAAGAUUCUAGAGUUGAUUGACAGAGAGGUUGAGUCGGACACGUCUGUGAAAAUUGCUGCUAUUUCUUCACUCGAGACACUAGCUAAAGAAUAUCCCUCUGAAAAUCCUGCAUAUAGCAAGUGCCUUGUGACAGUCAUUAAUCAGAUUAGCUCGGGUGAUGCUAUAACUUCUUCUGGGUUAAUAAAUACUGCAGGGUCUCUAAUUAAUGUGCUUGGAUCAAAAGCAUUACCUCAGCUCCCACUUAUCAUGACAAACAUGCUGCAAAGAGCACAUCAGGUGUCAUGUUGCCCUAGUGGAAAAUUUGCUCAUGGUUCCACUACAACUAUGGCCAGCUUUUCUAGCCAAUCUACAAGUAUGUUGUUAUCUGUACUUACAACUAUUGAGGUGAUUGUACAAAAGCUUGGGGACUUUGUUAGUCCAUAUUUGGAAGGAAUACUGGAUCUAGUGAUACUGCAUCCUGAAUGUGCUUCUCAAAUUGAUGGGAAAUUGGAUGUAAAAGCAGCAGAUGUUCGGAGGCUACUGACAGAGAGAGUUCCAGUUCGGCUGAUUCUUUCACCUCUACUCAUUUUGUUCCCCAGUGCUACCAAAUGUGGAGAAGCAAGCCUGUCAUUGACAUUCCAAAUGAUUGGAAAUCUUGUUAGUACGAUGGAUCGGUUGGCUGUAGGAACUUACCAUACAAAAAUUUAUGAACACUGUUUGGUAGCUCUUGAUCUCCGUCGUCAACAGCUGGACUCUUUGAAGAAUGUAAAUUUAGUGGAGGAAAGUAUUAUCCAUACCAUUAUUGCUCUCACGAUGAAACUCACUGAGUCCACUUUUAGGCCUCUUUUCCUUCGUAGUCUUGAAUGGGCAGAGUCUGAAAUUGAUAAGUCCACAUCAAAGAGAAGUAUGGACCGUGCAAUUGUUUUCUACAAAUUGGUCAACAAGCUUGCUGAAAAACACAGGUCCUUGUUUACACCUUACUUCAAGUACCUGCUUGAGGGAUCCGUACAAUAUCUAUCAGAAGAUGGUGCUUUGGUCAGUUCCAAGCGAAAAAAGAAGGCUAAACUCGAAGACAGUAAAGUCAAGGAUAGCCUAUCAGGACAAAAACUGUGGAACCUAAGAGCUCUGAUAUUGGAAUCCUUACACAAGUGCUUUCUUUAUGACAAUGAUCAGAAGAUCCUAGAUUCCUCAAAUUUUCAGACUCUUUUGAGGCCCAUUGUUUCUCAGUUUGUUGUGGAACCGCCUGAAUCUCUUGAACUAGUUCCAGAUGCUCCAUCAGUUGAAGAAGUGGAUGAGAUUAUUGUUUUGUGCUUGGGGCAAAUGGCAGUGACCGCUCGGUCGGAUGUUCUGUGGAAGCCUCUUAACCAUGAGGUGCUAAUGCAGACAAGGAGUGACAAUGUUCGCCCUAAGAUGCUAGGCCUGAAGGUUGUGAGGUACAUGGUCCAACAUCUGAAGGAGGAGUACGUGGUUCUGGUACCGGAGACCAUCCCGUUCCUUGGCGAGUUGCUCGAGGACGUCGAGCUUCCUGUGAAGACGCUGUCCCAGGAGAUACUGAAAGAGCUGGAAACCCUCAGCGGUGAGAGCCUCCGGGAGUACCUGUGAUGUCCCUAUGUCCCUAGAAUCCUUGGGCCAAUGAAGUGUAACCCCUGAGAUCCUGUUGUAGUCACACCGAACUUGCUUGUUGUAUGUAACCCCUGAGGAUGUAUGCUUGAUUAUUAAAAUUUUGCUGUGUAUACGUGUGCAAUGACAUUCAUGGUCCAAUUCUCAUGAAUUAUGGUUC